CCGCCGUCCCCUGUGCGCACCGCUAUACGAGCGGUCCUGAAACGUAGCGCGGCUUUCUCAACACAUGUUGCUGAACUUAUAUCCCAGGGAGAUCACUGAGUUGUCCCUAAAGUAGCUCAGAGGAGGGGGGUGAAGCCGAAGAGCUUCGGCUAACCCGUUAGCUGGGUCCGAACGGACUGAAGCGAAGGGGAAGGAAAUGGAGCUGGACGACGUGGUGCUGUACCAGGACGACUCGGGCGCCUCGGACAUGAUGUCCGAGCGCGUCUCGGGUCUGGCCAGCUCCAUCUACCAGGAGUUCGAGCGGCUGAUCGGCCGCUACGACGAGGACGUGGUGAAGCAGCUCAUGCCGCUUGUGGUGGCCGUGUUGGAGAACUUGGACUCGGUGUUCUCCAUCAACCAGGAGCACGAAGUGGAGCUGGAGCUUCUGAAGGAGGACAACGAGCAGCUGGUGACACAGUACGAGCGAGAGAAAGCCCUUCGGAAGCACACCGAAGAGAGGUACAUUGUCCUGGAGGACUCCCAGGAUGGAGAAAAGAAGGAGCUGCAGAGUCGUCUGGUGUUGCUGGAGUCUCACACGCGUCAGAUGGAGCUGAAGGCCAGGAACUACGCAGACCAGAUUAACAGACUAGAGGAGAGGGAGGCCGAGCUAAAGAAGGAGUUUACAUCCCUACACCAGAGACACACAGAGAUGAUCCACAGCUACAUGGAGCACCUGGAGCGAACCAAGCACCAGCACGCCACGGCCGUCACCCCCAGCGAACCCGCCGACACCGGGCCCAGAGCACGGAAAGAGAGGCCCAUCUCUGGGGGUAUAUUCCCGCUUCCCGGAACCGACAGCGUGACCUCUGACCUCCAGAGGGACGUCCCGGAGUCUCCGUCCCAACCCUGGAGGUUCGCUGGCCAGAGCCAGCCCCGCUGCAACGCCAGCCUGCAGUACAAGGCACUGGUCUCCCAGUGCCGAUCUGAGGGUGAGGUACCCAGUGAGAGUCUGGCCCGUCUGCCCCCUGACCGGCAGCAGCAGGAUGAACUGUCCCACGUCCCCUUGGGUCCCGGGGUCAAGGGUGAGCCCUCCUCGCCGGGCUCCAAACCCCGCAGCGCCCGUCUCCCUCCGGACGGCUCCCCCGGCAAGGCCAGCACCCCCGGCUCCGAGCGCCGCGGCCUCCCCCGCUCCCCGGGGGUCCCUCGCUCCCCGGGGCCAUCCCGGUCUCCAGGGGUCCCCCGCUCCCCAGGUGUCCACCGGUCCCGUCAGGACCCGACCGACGACCGGACCGCCGGGCUCGGGGUCACCCACGCCAGCGUCCACGCCCCCGGCUCCGCCUCGACCUCGCCUCCGUCUACUGCCGGCGCCAUGGGCGUCGCUAUGGAAACCGCCUCAGCCUCCCUCAAGGAAGGGGCUCCCGGCGAGGGCGUCACCAAGGACCUCGGCUUACCCGGCAAGGAGCUGGACGGCAGGGAGACGGCAGAGGAGGAGGGCGGACUGGGACCAGCUGGGACUGGCCAAGGUGGACUGGAACCAGCUGGGACCAGCCAGGGUGGACUAGGACCUGAUGGGUCCGGCCAAGGCGGACUAGGACCCACUGGGUCUGGGCAAGGUGGACCGGAAGCGGGGAGUCCUUCCGACUCGGCAGAGUCGGCCCUCGCAGGUGAAGAUGGAGAAGACCAGCUGGAGAAGUCUGAGGUUCAGGCCAUCAUAGAGUCCACCCCUGAGCUCGACAUGGAGAUGGACGGCUUCAGAGACACCAGCACGCCCACCAAGGGUAUAGGGGGGGUGGAGAACCUGGCCUUGGACCGCAACACAGAGUCCCUGUUUGAGGAGCUGUCCUCCUGCGCCGGGAACGACCUCAUCGGAGACAUGGACGACGGAGCCGACCUCCUGGGCAUGGGCCGUGAGGUUGAGCAUCUCAUCCAGGAGAACACACAGCUGCUGGAAACCAAAAACGCCCUGAACGUGGUGAAGAACGACCUGAUCGCGCAGGUGGACGAGCUGGCGUGCCUCCGGGAGGGCCUGCAGAGUGAGCUGGAGGCCGUCAGCCAGGCCAAGGCCAGAGUGGAGGACAGGAACAAGGAGCUGGAGGAGGACCUCAAGAAGCUGCGGGCCGAGCUUGAGGAGGCCAAGCAGAAGACCAAGAGUGACAACGGAGAGGAUCAGAGCGACGUGCCCACGGCCCAGAGGAAGCGUUUCACGCGGGUGGAGAUGGCCCGCGUGCUGAUGGAGAGGAACCAGUACAAGGAGCGGCUGAUGGAGCUCCAGGAGGCCGUGAGAUGGGCCGAGAUGAUCCGGCAAUCCAAGGAGAACCCAGCUCUCACAGAGAAGAAGAAAUCCAGUCUUUGGCAGUUUUUCAGCCGUCUGUUCAGCUCGUCGGGCGGCGCGGGUAAGAAGCCCGCGGGCGACGCGCAGGUCAACCUGAAGUACAACGCGCCGAGCGCCCAGGUGCAGCCGACGGUGAAGAAGAAGAGCAGCGCGCUGCAGCAGCUGCCCAGCGACAAGAGCAAGGCCUUCGACUUCCUCAACGAGGAGGCGGCAGCAGACCCGGCGGUGUCCAGGAGGGAGCAGAAGAGAGCGCAGUACCAGCAGGUCAAGGACCACGUUCAGAAGGAGGACGGCAGGGUGCAGGCUUACGGCUGGAGCCUGCCCCACAAGUACAAGGUGGCCAACGGGGGACAGUCGGAGACCAAGAUGAGGAACCUCCCCAUCCCAGUGUUCCUCAGACCGCUGGACGAGAAGAACACAUCCAUGAAGCUGUGGUGCGCUGCGGGGGUGAACCUGUCGGGGGGUAAGACUCGGGACGGGGGCUCCAUUGUGGGGGCCAGCGUGUUCUACAGCAGCGCCCCCGGGCCGGCCCCCCCCCGGAGGAGGACCGGCUCCCAGAGCAGCCUGGACAAGCUGGACCAGGAGCUGGAGGACCAGCAGGAGGAGCUGCGGCAGACGGAUGAGUUCUCUUCCCUGGUUUGGAUCUGCACCUCCACCCAGAGCUCCACCCAGAGCUCCACCCGGGCUCUGGUCAUCGACGCCAACCAGCCCGGGCACGUCCUGGACAACUUCCCCGUCUGCGACUCCCACGUCGUCUGCAUCGCCAGCGUCCCAGGUGCGAGGGAGACGGAUUACCCGGCUGGAGAGAUGAUUCCUCUGAACUCUGAGGCGGGGCCAGUGGAAGACAACGGCUCCGCCUCUCUGAACGCCUCGACCAAUAGCGUCGGAGAGAGUGGCGAGGGCGUGCUCGGGGGCAUCACCGUGGUUGGCUGUGAUGCUGAGGGGGCGGCGGCCAUCCGUCAGACGGCAGGAAGUACAGCAGAGACCUCCGGGGACGAAGACACCAGGCCCAUCGAGGAGGCGGGCGAGGCGUCUGAGUCCUGCACGGGGCCCUCAGGCCGCAGCAAGGGCCCGCGGGGAGCCUACACCGAGCACAUCUUCGCCGACCCACUGGGGGCCCAGAAGACAGACCUCCCGGCGGGCUACACCCAGAGGGAGACUGACCUGGUGAAGGACGGCCUGGGGCCCAGCACUGGCCCCACUGGCGAGGAGGAGCAGGACCUGAAGCUGAUGGAGGAGGCACAGAAGAUGACCAGCGUGCUGCCCACCAUGUGGCUGGGGGCGCAGAACGGCUGUGUGUACGUUCACUCCUCGGUGGCCCAGUGGAAGAAGUGCCUCCACUGGAUCAAGCUGAAGGACGCGGUUCAAGGCAUCGUGCAUGUGAAGGGCCGUGUUCUGGUGGGCCUCUCGGACGGCACCUUGGCCAUCUUCCAGAGGGGAGCAGGUGAGGGAGAGGACGGGCAGGGGACAUUGAGCAACUACCACCGCUGGAUCCUGGGCCGGCCGCACAGCGGUGCGAUGCCUGGCGGCUGGUCCACGAUCUACGCCGUGUGGUGCGGCCUCAGCAACAAGAUCUACGUGGUGCAGCCGGAGGCCAUGAGGGUGGAGAAGUCGUUUGACGCCCACCCCCGUAAGGAGAGCCAGGUGCGGCAGCUGGCGCGCGACGGGGACGGCAUCUGGGUGUCGAUCCGUCUGGACUCCACGCUGCGUCUGUUCCACGCCCACACACACCAGCACCUCCAGGACGUGGACAUCGAGCCCUACGUCAGCAAGAUGCUAGGAACCGGUAAACUGGGCUUCUCCUUCGUCCGCAUCACGGCCCUCAUGGUGUCCUGCAACCGCCUCUGGAUCGGGACGGGGAACGGAGUCAUCAUGUCCGUCCCUCUGACCGAGACCUCGGAGGCCAACCAGGCCCUGGUGCCGGCCGGCGCCGGCCAGCAGCAGCCUACAGGGGGCGCUGUGGUGCGGGUGUACGGCGACGCCGCCAGCGACAAGGUGACGGCGGGGACGUUCGUGCCGUACUGCUCCAUGGCCAACGCCCAGCUCUGCUUCCACGGGCACCGCGACGCAGUCAAGUUCUUCACCGCCGUCCCGGGCCACCCCAACCCCCCGCCUCCCUCGGAGGGGGGUGCGGCCGGGGGCGGGGCCGACGGUUCCUCCCAGGACGGGCCGGGCUCCAUGCUGGUGAUGAGCGGGGGGGAGGGCUACAUCGACUUCAGGAUGGGUGACGUUGCGGAGGAGGGGGAGGAGCCUCGGCUGACCCUGCAGCCCCUCCAGGCGUCAGCGGAGAGCAGCCACCUCAUCGUGUGGCAGGUGCUGCCCCACAGUACCUGA